AUGUCAGUAUUUACAGAUCUUCAAUUUGCUAUCAAUGACUCAAGCAAGUUCCCUGAGCAGAAACUCAUUUCUGGUCCCUCACCCUACUGGGACAAGUAUCUCGAGGGUCCUUCUUACAUCAAGCCAGAGGAUCGUCAAAAGCCAUUGGUUUCAUCAGGGAAACUAGAUGAGAAAUACUCAAAAUACACCACUGACUUGACUCCCUUGUUGGGUACAACAUACUCAGAAGAUGUCAAUCUUGUCGAUAUUUUAGAGGAUGAUGAGUUGUUGCGUGACUUGGCAAUUCAGAUUUCCCAGCGCGGUGUUGUUUUUUUCAAAAAACAACAGAACUUGACGAUUCAACAGCAAAAGGAUCUGAUUCAAAAGUUAGGACUUCUUUCGGGGAAACCUGCAGCCAACGGACUACAUAAACACCAAACUACUCCAGGUGCAGGUAUCAUUGGUGAGUCCGGGCUUGUAGAUCCUGAAAUUACCUUCAUCACAAACCGACGCAAAAACCUAAUUGUGGACGUGGCCGGUGACCGUACCGCGGCUGAAGGUUGGCACUCCGAUAUCACUUUUGAGCCUGUGCCUGCUGAUUACUCGUCGCUACGAAUUUUCGAACAACCACCUUCCGGUGGAGAUACAUUGUGGGCCAACGGGUACGCAUUAUACGAAAAGUUAUCACCAUCUUUGCGAGGAUAUUUUGACACGUUGACUGGAACUUAUUCUCAGCCAUUGUUUAAGCGGGCAGCUGUUGAUAAGUUUCAGAUAUAUUCUGAGGCACGAGGUGCACCGGAGAAUACGGGUGAUGAUAGUAUUGCGGUACAUCCAAUUAUAAGAACUAAUCCGGUGACUGGAUGGAAAGCCUUUUUCGGAAUUGGAUCCAAUUUCACACACCUGAAUGAUGUGACACCUCUUGAGGCCCAAGCAUUGCAGAAACUCGUGUGGGAUUUGCUGGUGCAGUCGCAUGAUAUUCAUGUGCGUUACAAGUGGGAUAAGUAUGAUAUUGCAAUCUGGGAUAACCGCUCGACAUUGCACGCAGCCAACCGCGAUAUUCGAUUGCUUGGAGAUGAGUUCCGGAGUGGUGUUAGAACCGUUGGUAUUGCUGAAAGACCCUACUUGGACGUCAACAGUCUUACACAGACUGAAGGUCUUAAACUUCUUGCUCAGCAGCAACAAGAAAAGAAACUUGCAAAGUCUUUAGAAAAGACUUCUAUUUAA